AUGGCAGUUUUCAGCACACUUCUGACUUUGGCACUUCAGGCUCUUACAUUUCUCUUCUUUCUGCUUAUCGUUGCGUUUCUUGCAUACUGCUUGUACGUUAAACACAUUCAUAUGAAAUAUGAUCACAUACCCGGUCCACCGAGGGACAGUUUUCUCCUCGGACAUUCGCCGACGUUUUCAAGGAUAUUAAAAAAUGGCGGAAAUGUACAUGAAAAAUUCCUGGAGUGGGCAGAGGAGUAUGGGCCUGUGUGCAGGAUAAAUGCUCUUCAUUAUGUUCUAGUGUCUGUGUCGUGUCCAGAGGCAACAAAGGUAGUAUUGAUGUCCUCAAAGUACUCCAAGGAUACGUUUUCUUACAAGAGACUUGCCAGCCUGUUUGGUCAAAGGCUCUUAGGCAAUGGGCUGGUAACAGCACGGGAUCAUGAGCAGUGGUACAAACAGCGCCGGAUCAUGGACCCUGCAUUCAGCAGCCUGUAUCUGAGAGGUCUGAUGGGAACCUUCAAUGAGAGGGCAGAGAAACUGAUGGAUAAACUUGCAGAGCUUGCUGACAGUAAAACAGAAGCUAAUAUGCUCCAUCUUGUCAACUGUGUCACCCUGGAUGUUAUUGCUAAGGUUGCCUUUGGGGUGGACUUGGACCUGCUGAGGAACACUUCACCUCUCCCAAAAGCCAUUGAGACAUGUCUGAAAGGAAUGGUUACCUAUGUUAGAGACAUAUUUUUUGAGUUCAAUCCAAAGAACAGAGCGUAUAUUCAUGAGGUGAGGGAAGCGUGCCGCCUGCUGCGUAAAACUGGAGCUCAGUGGAUCAACGAGAGGAAGAUCGCCAUUGAAAACGGUGACGAGGUUCCCAGGGACAUCCUGACCCAAAUCAUCAAAACUGCCAACCAAGAGAAAAGCAUGACUGAGGAAGAUGAGCAGUUUAUGUUGGACAAUUUUGUGACAUUCUUCAUUGCUGGCCAAGAAACAACAGCCAAUCAGCUGGCUUUUUGCAUCAUGGAACUUGGAAGACAUCCUGAUAUACUGGAAAGAGUGAAGAAAGAAGUGGACGAUGUUAUUGGGAUGAAACAUGAAAUAAGCUACGAUGACCUGAGCAAGUUGGUCUACCUGCCACAGGUGUUAAAAGAGACUCUGAGAAUGUACCCCACAGCUCCGGGCACCUCUCGUCAUAUUGCUGAAGACAUGGUCAUUGAUGGUAUCCACAUACCUGGAGGAUUUAUUGCUCUUUUCAGCUUCUAUGUGAGUGGGAGACUGGAGAGAUUCUUCAAGGAUCCACUGAGAUUUGAUCCAGACAGAUUUCACCCAGAUGCUCCCAAGCCUUGUUACUACCACUACCCUUUUUCCCUCGGUCCUCGUUCGUGCCUGGGAAAGAACUUUGCUCAGAUGGAGGCUAAAGUGGUGAUGGCCAAACUGCUCCAGAGGUUUGACUUCACUCUUGUCCCGGGACAGACCUUUGACAUCCUGGAUGCUGGCACACUCAGACCAAAGAGUGGAGUGUUGUGCACUUUGAGUCACAGGGAUUACAGAAAAUAA